AUGGACUCGUCUGAGAUGUUAUCGAUUAUCAACCCUCAGCCGGCGAAGCUGCCUGGACCAGCCCUUCUACAUGAGCUUGUUGCCGGUCCUUCAAGCUCACCAGCUUUAGACCAUCUCCGAGGGUCAGUUCGAACGUCCUUCACAUACGACGAACUACACGCUGUUUCCGAUACCAUCGCAGUCAAGCUAUCGAGUGUUGUCCGGAAUCGCGAUGCUCCCUUUGUGGUCCCGAUCCUGAUGAGGCAGUCGCCUAUCUUGUACGCUAGUCUUCUGGGUAUCCUCAAAGCCGGUGCAGCAUUCUGUCCCUUGAAUCUCGACGCGCCACCGGAGCGAGUGUCCUUUAUCCUCCAGGAUGUCUCUGCAGCAGUGGUUCUCGUGGAAGAAGAUCUAGCCGCCAGGAUGCCGGAAGGGGUAGAGGCAGAUAUAAUGGCAAUACAGUGGAAGUCUGACAAGCCCGCUAUAUCCGAAAAUUCACCGAAAGUCGCCACGACGGACCUCGCCUAUGUCAUGUACACCUCGGGGUCUACAGGGACGCCCAAAGGUGUUGGCUUAUCGCACGGCGCCGCCACUCAAGCACUGUUUGCGCAUGAACGACAUAUACCCCUAUUCAAGCGAUUUCUUCAGUUUGCCGCCCCGACCUUCGAUGUCUCGGUCUUUGAAAUUUUCUUCCCAUUGGCUAGGGGACGCACUUUGGUCAGCGUGGAGCGUGGCCAGUUGCUCGAUGACCUAGCAGCCGCCAUCAGAGAAACCAAUGUUGAUGCAUGCGAGCUCACACCAACUGUGGCGGGGAGCCUGUUGCGGUCUCGAGAUGCCGUGCCUGAACUCAAGCUUUUGCUGACCAUUGGUGAAAUGCUCACCGAGCCAGUCAUCCAUGAAUUUGGAGGACGCGAGGGGCGAGAGAGCAUUCUUUGGGCAAUGUAUGGCCCGACGGAAGCGACUAUUCAUUGUACUCUUCAACCGGCUAUGCAAGCCGCAUCGACCGUUCGAAAUAUUGGGUUUCCACUCGACACCGUCUCUGCAUUUGUCAUCCAACCAGCGGAAUCUGGUGAGGAAGUUUUGAGGAUCUUGCCGUUGGGUGAGGUUGGAGAGCUGGCAGUAGGUGGCCAUCAGCUGGCCGAGGGCUAUCUGGAUCGGCCAACACAAACAGCCGCUGCUUUCAUCGAAACCCCCUAUGGUCGUCUCUACAGGACCGGGGAUAAAGCAAGAGUCUUGUCGGACGGCACUCUCGAGUGUCUGGGUCGGUUAUCCGAAGGGCAAGUCAAGCUUCGCGGCCAGAGACUGGAGAUCAACGAGGUACAGCAAGCCAUUCUACGUGUGAAAUCGUGUCAUGGUGCUGUUGUCGCCGUUCACGAGUCCACAUUGGUCGCAUUUUGCGCCACGGACCCGGGUGUACUGGAAGACGUCAUCCGGGACGAGUGCAAGAAGUGGUUGCCUCAGUUCAUGAUCCCAGGCGUCUUCGUGAUGAGCGACUCUUUCCCCAAGCUCCCGAGUGGAAAGGUGAACAAGAGGAAGCUGCUUGAUAUUCUCCCCUGCUCAGCUUUGCAAACUGCCAUGCUAGCCGAGACAGUCGGACGGCCUGGCCUGUACUGGAACGAGCUCGAGCUCGAUGUGGCAGACAGUGUCUCCCGAGUGGCAGCAGCUUUCACGAAGAUACUAGAACAAACAGCCAUACUUCGAGGAAUAUUCGUCUUGCUAGAUGGCAACUUUGUUUGCCUUGUCAAGCAAGAUGUUGAUGAGGAGCAGAUCAAGAUUGUUGAUUGCCAGUCACACUUUUCACUUAGGCAGACAAUCGCCGAUCCAACCUUUCAGGUUCAACUCUGUGACAAUGAUCAUGGCGGGACCAGGGUAUGCAUCCUUGCUCAUCAUGCCAUCUAUGAUGGCUGGUCUAUGGAUAUCAUACUCGCCGACAUCAACCGACUUCUCAGUGGCCAGUCUAUACCGAAGCGAACCCCCUUUGCUGAGGUUGUCGCCGUGCAGCGAUGGCUGGCUUCCUCGUCUGCCGCUGACCGAUCAGGCGCAUACUGGGCAGCACAUUUACAAGGAUUGACCAAGGAUUCUUUUCCAGUGCUCGUCGAUCGCUUAGGAGGCCAGCCUGAUCCGAUCGUUAUCGCAGAUCAAGUGGAGAUUCCAUACUCUGAGGUUCACGCAGUCUCGAAAGCUCUGGGCUGCAGCAUGCAAGCCCUAUUUCAAGCAGCUCUAUACGUCGUGUGGGCCGGUAUACUUGGCAGCGCUGAUGUUGUCCUUGGCGCGGUGUCCUCAGGCCGGUCCUUGCCAAUGGGCGGUAUCGAAGAAACCAUCGGCCCUUGCAUCGCUGCAUUGCCUCUGCGCGUCGACUUUGAGAGGUUUCCCGGAACCGAGCAAUUGCUACGCCACAUUCACUCCUGCAAUCGGGCCAUGCUUGAGCAUUCGAUUGUCCCACUGGGCGAAAUCAGGAAGAUGAUGGGUUUGCGCGCCAGUCAAACGGUCUACGAUCUCCUAUUCGUAUACCAGCAGUCUUCGGAAUCCGAGAGCAAGCGACGCAGUCUACUAAAUGAAACUCGGCGCUUGGAUCGACUGGAAACCCCAUUCCUGUUCGAGGUUGAGCCGAACGACACGUCCUUCUCGAUUCAGAUCACAUAUCAUCCAGACUGUGCUCGAGUUGACAUGAUGAGAAUGCUUUUACAGCAAUUCAACCUGGCCUUUGGGCACCUUGUUGAGCAACCACACUGCACACUGGCUGAUAUGCGUCGGGCACUGAACCCAGUACCGGCCCUGUAUAAUAUUUCGCCAGUCCCGCUUGAAGGCACGUUGGACUUGGCAGCCAUGUUUGAGCAAGUUGUUGAAAAAAGCUCCGAUAGGGAUGCUCUUUCCUUCACUGAGCCAGGGCACGAGUCUCCAUUUGCCAAGACGACAGUGACUUAUCAAGAGUUGAACGUACUGAGCAACAGAAUUGCGCAUUUUCUGCUCAGUCAAGGCGUUGGUGCCAAUCAAAUCGUUGGUGUCAUUCUUGAAAAGUCUAUAUUCCUCUAUGCAACUAUCCUGGCCGUCCUCAAGACUGGCUGUGCAUACCUGCCUUUGCUACCAUCGACUCCAGCUGAUCGGGUGGAAGACAUACUGCGCCUGGCAAAAGUGCGGCACUGCGCGGUGGACACGGCCUCUGUCCGAUUGUUUGGACAUUUGGGAGAAGCUCGACUCGUUGACGUGGAGCGCGCGCCUCUGGACGACUUUCAAUCCUGUAACCUGGGCAUUCCACAUGACCGCGACCGCCUGGCGUAUGUCAUCUUCACUUCAGGUACUACCGGAACACCCAAGGGAGUGGCAGUAACCCACGGUAACAUCGUGAGCAACGUCGACUAUCUCUCUGGGGUAUACCCAGUCCAGCGAGGAGUUCAAUCAAACUUUCUCCAGGCAUGCUCUCAGGCUUUCGAUGUUUCGGUGUUUGAGAUCUUCUUUGCUUGGAAAACUGGCAUGUGCCUCUGCACCAGCGUCAAUGACACGCUGUUUGCCGAUCUCGCACUAAUGAUCAAUGAGCUUUCCAUUACGCAUCUCAGCUUGACACCGACUGUAGCUUCUCUCAUCAGUCGUGAAACAUGCCCAGGUGUGGAGUUCCUAGUCACCGCGGGAGAGCCCUUGACACGCAGUGUGUUGGAGCAAUGGGGUGAUAUACUUUGGCAAGGGUAUGGCCCGUCAGAGACGACCAACAUCUGCAGCGUCAAACAGAUGCAAACCGACAUGGUGGUGGACCAUCUCGGAUGGGUAUUCCCAAACACUUCCGUCAUGGUGAUGGCCAUAGGGAGCCUUGAGCCCGUGCCAGUCGGAUGGGUUGGUGAAUUCUGCUAUGGCGGCGACCAAGUGGCACAGGGCUACCUUAACAUGCCAGAACUCACGGCAGAGAAAUUCCUCCAAGAUUCCCGCUUCGGACGGAUAUAUCGCUCAGGGGACAUGGGCCGUAUGCUCCCUGACGGCUCGCUGGUCAUACUAGGCCGCAUUGACGAUCAGCUCAAGUUGCGUGGGCAGCGCAUCGAAGCGGCCGAGAUCAACAACAUCAUCGUGUCCACGCCCUGGGCAUCAUCUGCGAUUGUCAUAUUAGGGAGAAGAUCUCCGGACAUGCCAGAACAAUUGGUCGCUUUCUACGUGCCAGCUGAGCAUGUCAGUGGCGAUGGACUGUUGGAUGUCGAUCACGAGGCCAGUGCGGGUCUAUACAGUCUCAUGCAGUCCAAGCUGCCUUCUUACAUGGUCCCUUCUUACCUGAUUCCUCUCGCCCGCAUUCCCAUGACGAGGAGCGGCAAAAUAAACAAAAAGCAUCUUCAAGUUUGGUUCCAGGAUUUGCCAUCAAGGUAUCUGGAGGCUGCUGUGCCACAAGCGACCCUGACUGAAGACGGAAGCAAGUGGUCCACGAUGGAAUCGGAUCUUCAUACCGCCCUCAUACAGUCAUUGGAGAUCUCUGCAACCGAAGCCAACCGAUGGACACCUUUUGCCAACCUAGGCAUCGAUUCCGUAUCUGCCAUUCGUCUCGCACGCGACUUGAGCAUUUCGCUGAAUUGCAGAGUGGCAGUUUCGUCCAUCAUCCGAAACCCCAGCAUUGCGCAGCUUGCGCGUCAUCUCGGUGAACAAGAUUUCGAAAAGGCUGUGGUAGUUGGCCAGAAGACGUUGCUGCCUCAAUCUUGCGUAGAGAAACUGCGGCAUUCAUUCCUCUCUCAAGACAAGGCAGUAGCUUCCAUUCUGCCAUGUACGCCUCUGCAAGCAGCCUUGUUAUCGCGGGGUGGUCGCAACUACUACAACAAGGUCCUCUUGCGGCUCAAGAUUGACGCCUCGAGAAUGCAGACAUUCUGGAACUGCAUGAGUGAAAGGCACGAAAUUCUCAGAACUUGCUUCGCCACGACAGAGGACGCGGAUCACUCCAUCGCCCAAGUGGUUCUUCGAGAAUGGAGCAUUCCCUGGCAGCAAUUCGAUGCAACGACUCCUUCAUUCGAGAAAAUCAUUCAGUCACAUUUGGAGCGACUGCCGGACCCGGUCAAUGCCAUGACACCACCUGUUUCUUUAGCUUUGAUUCGGCGUGGCACAUCAUCGUUUCUAUCGUUCAUAUGCCAUCAUUCUCUUUAUGAUGGCGUCGCCAUUGAUAUUCUAUGGCGCGAAGUCGAGUCACUCGCUGCGGGCGAACAACUGCUACCAGCAGUACCUUACGAACCUCUUCUACAAGAGAUGGCCAACCUGCCUGCCAAUACUGAAGCAUUUUGGAAGAAACACUUCCACGAUUUUGUCCCCUCAUAUGCCUUUCCCUCCACUGCAGGCGAGACCACAGACCAGGCAUUGGUUACUAAAUCUUUCACUCCACUUCGUCUUGUACAGAAGAUCGUUGGUUGCCAGGGCGUCGGCCUGUUCGAGACGUUGCUCCUCCUUCAGCAACCCCUUCACCCUAUGGACGAUCGCGUCUGGAUCCUUGAGGAAGACAAGGGCACUAUGGAUUUGCCAGUGGUCUGCGAAAUAGUCCCUUGUCCGUCCUUGGAUUCACUGGUCGUUGAUUUACACUACGACAUGAACUUUAUUGAUCCUAGUGUUGCAUGCGCUCUCGCGGGCAAAGAAAAAAUACCCGGCGCAUUCCGGUUUGAGCUCGAGAAACUGCGGCCCAGGCGCGACAAAGGCCCCGUCAUCCGAGGUCACCUAAGCUCAGGGGAAUGGUCAGUGGACGAGAUUACGAUUCGCAAAGCUGUAGCGGAGCUGUCCAGACAGCCUCUCGAAAAGGUUGCACGCAAUACGACAAUUUUUCAGCUGGGACUUGACAGCAUCAACGCCGUGCAAAUUGCGUCCAAACUAAGGCUUGAAGGCCUCCAUGUCUCAUCCUCUCAAGUCCUGGAGUACCCUACUUGCGCAGCACUCGCCGAAAACCUCAAGAAGGGCUCACAAAUCAAGGCGCCCUCGUUGGCCUACAAUCUACGUGUCUUUCCCGGGGACGUGGCUGACGAAUGUGCCUUGCAUACAGCUUUUCUCCAGACGCGAGGUCAUCAUUAUUUCAACAGCAUGACAUUCAAGGUCAACAGCUCCAUUGGAAUCAUCACUUUUACGGAGGCUUGGAAAUUAAUGUGUCGUCAACAUCCGAUGCUGCGUACGGCGCUCGUCCCGGUCUCUCACCCUGACACCGCAUAUGCCAUGGCUAGACACGCUCCCAUGUAUGACUUGCCAAUGACAAUACUCAACCACGGCGAGCAAGUAUCAGAGCUAGUGGGGGAUCUCAGAGCUAGCUUGCUGGCGCAUCCUCAACUGCCCCCUUGGCAUGUCUUUGCACACGAUGGCGAGAACGGUAUCACAAUGACGCUUCUCAUCCACCAUGCCCUAUACGAUGCCCAAUCUCUGGAUGAGAUUUUGGUUAGUCUAGGCAAGAUUUUGCAAGGGGAGGCUCACGAACUCAACAUCGCACCAGUCGAGCCGGGUCUGCAGGUGAUCAUGUCACGACACAUAGCGGACCAAACUGAAUCACGGCUCUUCUGGGAGUCAAAAGCUACAGAUGUGGUGAUCAAUAACUUUCCGAUAAUGACGCCUCUUCGCGAGGCUGCAACGUCCCUUCGGUCUGAAGCCUCAACCUUGUCGCUCUCGUUUUCGCAUCUGCGAGAUGCAGCAAUGGACGUCGGUGUUACCGUUCACGCAGCCAUAAAUGCGGCGUGGGCAAGAGUUCUCGCCUCGUAUCUUGGAGAAGAAGCCGUUGUAUUUGGGUCGACUAUCUCAGAGAGGACGUCUGAAGCUACCAAGUGCACGCCGAUCCCCUGCAUCACGACGCUUCCUGUCCUCGCAAGGGCCACGCCUUCGAACCUGGGUCUCCUAAAGAAUAUGAUGGAGUUCACGACCCAAGUUCGCAAGCAUCAACCAGCGUCUUUGAGCUCUGUCCAAAAGUGGUUGGGUCAUCCUGCCACUCCCAUAUUCGACACUCUUGUGUCUUAUCGGAAGAGAGAUGAACAAGAAUUUUCCCGGCCUUUUGAACUCCUCUCUGACAACGCCACACUUGACUACAAAGUCUCGAUGGAAAUUGAGGCGGGACCUGAUGACUGUGUGAGGCUCACGACCACAUUUAUGCCGCACAUUCUCCCAACUGAGCAAGGUCGCAUGCUCUUGGAUCAAUUUGAUGCGGUCCUGUCCCAUCUUGUACUUCACCCCGGAGAGACGGAAGAUGAGUUGCAUCGCCUCACCCCGAAGCUGUUUUCCCGGCUCCCUCCAAAACUCCCCGUCAUGCCCACAACAGUUCAAUACCUGCACCAGCUGGUCGAAGAAAAGGCGCGAACUAAUCCUGAUUCAACUGCGCUCGAGUUCAUCGACUCGUUGCAUCAAGGAACCAUGGAGAAACGCAUCUGGACUUACCGCCAGCUGAAUGAGCGUGGCAACCAGGUUGCGAACAUGCUGAGUACCAAGGCACCUGUGGGGAGCAUUGUGGCAGUUCACUUUGACAAGUGCCCAGAGGCAUAUUUCAGUAUCCUUGGUAUACUGAAGGCAGGCUGUUCUUUUGUGGCUUUGGAUCCCACAGCUCCCGCCAGCCGAAAAUCUUUCAUCUUGGAAGACUCCAAGGCCCCUUGCGUUUUGACGACAGCCGAAAGCACAUUCAGCGGCACCACAACAGAAGUCGUACGCACCAGUAUGUCUGUCUUGGAUGAAUUUUCUACAGAAUCGCCUGUGCUUGAUAUCCUAUCUCCCGAUGCAACAUGCUACUGUCUAUACACCUCCGGAACCACGGGAACCCCCAAGGGCUGUGAGAUCACGCACGAGAACGCCGUACAGGCAAUGAUGGCUUUCCAAGAUCUGUUUAGCGGCCACUGGCAAGCUGAUUCACGCUGGCUACAGUUCGCGUCUUUGCACUUUGACGUCUCAGUUCUCGAGCAGUACUGGACUUGGUCAGUUGGAAUCACUCUUGUUGCUGCACCCAAAGACAUAAUCCUAGACGACUUGCCGGGUUCUAUCAACAAGCUCGGCAUCACCCACAUUGAUCUCACUCCAAGUCUGGCCAGACUCACGCAUCCCUCCGAAGUACCUUCCUUGUGCAAAGGCGUGUUCAUCACUGGCGGUGAGUCCUUGAAACAGGAGAUCCUGGACGUUUGGGGGCCAAAGGCUGUGAUAUACAACGCGUACGGUCCAACGGAAGCAACGAUCGGUGUCACCAUGUAUCAGAGAGUGCCCGCCAACGGUCGCCCGAGCAACAUUGGCAAGCAAUUCCCCAAUGUCGGAUCCUACGUGUUCAAGCUGGACACUGAGGUUCCGGUGUUGCGCGGUGGAGUUGGUGAGCUUUGCGUAUCAGGCAAACUUGUUGGCAAGGGCUAUCUCAACAGACCGGACUUGACUGCGGAACGCUUUCCCACGCUACAAAACUUUUCUGAGAAGAUCUAUCGCACCGGCGAUCUCGUGCGGGUUUUGCAUGAUGGCUGUUUCGAAUUCCUUGGAAGAGCAGACGACCAAGUCAAGCUACGAGGACAACGACUUGAAAUUGGCGAGAUCAACCACGCCAUCAGGGGUGUUUCCGAGAUCCAGGAUGCUGCAACAGUCGUUGCCACUCAGGGCCCGUCAGAAAAGAGCGUUCUAGUUGCCUUCAUCGUGUCUUCCACAGCCAACAACAAAGGGAACCUGGAAGUCGUGCCGGACAUUGAAGGCCUUGGCCUCAAAGCCAAGGAGGCUUGCCGUACCAAGCUACCGGGGUACAUGGUGCCAACGUACUUUCUUCAGCUGCCCUUUAUUCCAUUGUCUGUCAACAAUAAGGCCGAAGCCAAGGAUUUGAGGAGGUUAUUUGCCAAUCUGUCGCACGCGCAGCUUUCCGCGUUGAUAGCAACACCGCGUUCCAGCAGGAGCACAGUAAAUACAUCAUCUCUGGCGAAGCUCACUAAGGCAUUGUCUACGUACAGUGGCCUCAAGCAGGAUGACGUGACCGAGGAUACGAGCAUAUUCGAUCUUGGUGUGGACUCGAUCACUGUGCUACGACUUGCGUCGUACCUCAAAGAACAGGGGUUUGAUGCAGCAACGCCAACGGCCUUGCUGAGAAAUCCCGUGAUCAACGACCUAGCCUCAGCCCUUUGCCAGAAGAUAUCACACUCACAAGAAGUGGGGAUCAAGGAGGCCGAACAACUCAUGGCCGCGUGCAAGCAUCGCUACUUGCCGUCUGCCUGCCGGACUUUCCACAUUCAGCCGGAGGAUAUCGAGUACAUUGCACCCUGUUCACCGCUCCAGGGGGGGAUCGUCUCGAGAUCCCUUGCCUCUGCAGAAGGGCAUGCUUACUUCAACACAUUUGAGCUCAAGCUUUCGCCCCACCUCGGCGAAGACAAGCUCCGCCAUGCUUGGGAUAGCCUAGUCUCAGAGCUGGCUAUCCUCCGGACUUGUUUUCUAGCGACACCGUCCGGCCCCAUCCAAGUCGCGCUCAAAGCGGUGCAGUUACCCUGGGAGCAUGUCGAACUGCCUACUGAAGAAGAGACCCAACAUGCACUGACAUCGAUGCGCAAGAACUGGCUGAGCACCAAUGGCCGCAACGUUUCCGAGCCUUUGCAGGUCUACUUUGUUGUCAGUGGAGGGAAAACUAGUCUCUUUGUCAACAUUUUCCACGGCAUCUACGAUGGCAUGAGCUUUGAUCUCAUGCUUUCUCGCCUCGCUGCCAAGGUCGACGACUGUCAGCAUGUGUCGCUUCAACGCAUUCAGAAGUGGUGCUCAGGAGGACGACCGCUGUUCAACACGCUUUUUGCGCUUCAAAUGGAGCAGUCAGAAGAUUAUGGCGUAUGGAAGCUCGUUGAUGGCGAGUUGAAUCCUGACUACCCCCUUGCCUUCGAGGCAACCAUGAUGAAGGACGGCAACUUGAGGUUGCAGCUGGUGGCGCAAGGGCACGUGGCGACUGUUGCGGUCUUGGAUGAGAUGCUGGAUGCUUUCAACGAUUCUUUGCACCAGGCUAUGAAGGAUAGCUCCCAGCCUGUGCCAUUUGGAGCGGGCAACGAUGAUCUAUCAUCUUCCGGCAGGACAGAAUCCUCGAACGUCGGCGACGAGCCGCCAUUAGCGUUCACAUGGACAGGAAUAGCGGAAACGAUACGAUCAGAAAUGUGUACUCUCUCUGGGGCUUCCGAAAAGGACAUCCGCGGGAACUCGACCAUACUUGAGCUAGGCUUGGACAGUAUUGAUGUCAUGAAGCUAUCCGCGGCCCUGCGUCGAUGUGGCGUUAAACUCGCCGCGUCUCAGAUUAUGCGGCUUCAGUCCGUCUCCAACAUUGUCUCGUUGGCUGAAGAAACUCCCAUGUCUCCUUCCCAGACCGACAACGCCACCACCAACUUCGACGUUAUCCGCCAGAGGUUACGUGAGAAUCUGACACGCAGUACGAUCAUUGACAUGACAGACGUGGAAGAUGUCUUGCCCGCGACGCCCUUACAGGAGUCCAUGGUAACGGCAAUGGUGGAAUCCGACUUUCAAUGGUACUUCAAUCAUGAUCUGCUUCAACUCAGCGAGGAUACCGACGUGGAGAGGCUCAAGAAGGCUUGGACGCAAGUAGUCGAGGCUCAUCCGAUAUUGCGCGCAGGAUUCUAUCCUGUUGAGGAUGAUUCGCUGGACAACGCAUUCUACCAGGUCAUUCAUACGAAAAAUAAUCCCUGGGUUGAAUGUCUUGUCGCAGAGGGUCUUGACGAAGCUGACAGAGUCAUGGAGCGUUGCAGGCUGAGAGCAAAGGAUGGAAAGGGACAGACAGCGUUGCUGCAGUUGUCACUGAUGUCGGUUGGUUCCCAAAGAUUUGUCGUCCUUUCUAUGGCGCACGCUCUCUACGACGGGUGGUCACAGGGCUUGCUCUACCGGGAGCUUCAGAAUGCCUAUAACGGUCAGCUACUUCAAGCAAGGUCGCCUGAUGUCUUCUUGGGUCGACUGCUCGAGGCCUCAAGCGCACAAUCACAGGAGUUCUGGUCCGAUUACCUCCGGGGAUCAAAGCCAACCCAUCUCAGUGUCUCGCUACAAACAGAGCCAUCUGCCACGCCGCGCUUUUCGGAAGCCACUUCAGACGUGAGUUUGGACACGGUCAAGGCGUUCUGCAAAGACCUCGGCAUCACCAUGCAGACACUUUGCCAGGCCAGCUGGGCGCUCAUUCUUGCGCAUUAUACGAAACAGCUAGACAUUGUCUUUGGCGUCAUCAUGUCCGGACGUGACUUUGAGGGCGCCGAAGAGCUCAUGUUCCCGACUAUGAACACUGUAGCGAUGCGGUACAUCCUGCACGGGACGGCCAGAAGCUUCCUGCAGUAUGUCGAGGAGAGUAUGAACGACGUUCGUCAGCAUCAGAGCUACCCAUUGCGUAAAGCACUCACGGCCGCCCGAGCACCGAUGGGAGGGUUUUUCAAUACCUUGUUUAUGCUACAAAAGAGCGCAGAGACCGAAUCCAGCACGCUCGUCCAUUCCGUUCGAGGCGUGUCUGCGGUCGAUUACCCGGUCUGCGUGGAGGCUGAAGCCGAGCAAGGACAAAUAUCCUGGCGCAUCGCCGUUCAGCCUGGCUUCGCCCCGCUAGAGCCACCUUCGAAUCUACUCAGACAACUGGACGGAGUUCUAAGUUUCUUUAUCAAGUCUCCGGGUUCAGAUCUGCUUUCCUUCACAGCGGCAGGGAUCUCCUUGGGUGGUCUGCCUAGCUUUGCAAUCAAAGAGGAUGCGGAUAGCGAGGACGAGUCAAAGAUUGCCACGCCACCGACGGGUGAGGAGGACUGGAGCGGCAUCGCCAACACGAUCCGCGGCGUUCUCAGUCAAGCCUCUGGUGUAGACGAGAUGAGCAUCCAGAUGACUGAUACGCUCUACCAUCUGGGCCUGGACUCCAUCAGCUCUCUCAGGGUCUCGAGACUCCUGAGACAGCAGGAUCUUGACUUGCGCCCUCGCGACCUGAUACGGGCCGAGAGCAUUGCCCAUCUGGUGGAGAUGGCGACCGCAAACCAGUCUGACAGCGAAGGGUCACAAGAUCAACAAGCAACUGUGACAUGGCAACCACCGCCAUCACUGGAUGUCGAUGGCCUGCUCCUCCACCACAAUCUGCAGUACAGUGACGUGGAGGCUAUCCUGCCAGCAUUGCCAAUGCAGGUAUUUGUACUGGGAACCUGGCAGAACACCAAUGGCGAUGUCUUUUAUCCGACCUUUACGUACGAGCUGGACAGCUCGUGCAGCAAAGAGGAGAUGGUGGCCGCGUGGGGGCUCGUCACAGCAUCGACACCUAUCCUCCGCACCCGCUUCAUGGCAACAGGUGACAGACAGCUGCCGCUGUUGCAGGUGGUGCUCAAGUCGGAAGCGUCAGACUUGGUCCACUUGCAGCCAGGCGAGAGAACCGAGGCUGGCAGAUGGCGCCUCCGUCUCCAGGUGCAUCAUGCUCUCUACGACGGUGUCAGUCUUCCGCUACUGAUGCAGCGCCUCCUCCACGCGCUCGUAUCAGGAUCUCUCCCCAACAGCCCCCUCGAUCUAUGGAACAGAUAUACCACCAAUCCCUACCUUCCGUCAUCCGUCAGUGCCAGAAAGGCCUUUUGGACGUCGUACCUCUGGGGCGUGGAGCCGUACUCGGGGGCACGGAAGGGUUACCCCAUUCGUCCUCGCAUGUCAUUUAUAGCGCGAUCGGCAGUCCGUGACACCUCUCUGCUCCAACGGCAUGCUGCCGCCAGGGGCGUCGGUGUGCAGUCCCUCUUCCUGGCUGCCUAUGCCAAGGUCCUCCUCGCCCGAGGUCAUGAGGGCGGCGGCGACGAGGUGGUGUUUGGCGUGUAUCUGGCCAACCGCCAAGAGGAUACAUCCCUGGACGGAAGUUUCCCGCGGCUGAAUCUCGUGCCGCUGCGUGUCAAGGCCACCGGGACACUGGAGAGCGUUGCGAGCCGUGUGCAGAGGGAUCUCCGCCUGAUCAUGAGCCAAGGACGUGCAGAUGUCGGUCUGUGGGAGGUGGAGGCCUGGACGGGCGUCAAGCUCACGUCGUUUGUGAACUUUCUCUCUUUACCCGAUGGUGAUGAGGAGGAGGAUGGUCCUUUCACACACGCCAUGCGCGUACGGGUUGUCGAAGGUGGUGCUGCUAGUGAGGAGGAGCUCACCGCCCACGACACGUCGUCAGUUGGUGAUGUCGUUGUGAGGGACGUUUUCCCGCCUGCUGUGGAUAUCGAAGCUUCACUCCGAGACAAAAGCCUUGACAUUGGUAUUUUUGGCCUUGGGGAUGGGGAUGGUGAUGCCCAGAGCUUGGUAUCUGAGCUUGGCCAUGCAUUGGACGUCUAG